AGGCUGUGGAAUGAAUUUCAACUAGCCCUAAGUUCAGAUCCCUGGCCAGCCCAGAAAAUAGGUCAGUUCAGUUUCAGCUGUUCUACCGUAAGGUCCUCUUUAAAGGGUGUUUCAUUUUUAUCAUCAAGCUGUCUCCACCAAGUUAUCCGACCUGGCUUUCCUACGUAAAUUUUCGGCAUCUGCGAAGAUGUCGUUGCCGCGUGUUUAUUUCGAUAUAGCCGCGGGAGGUGAAAAGAUCGGAAGAAUUGUGAUGGAAUUGCGUUCGGAUGUGGUGCCCAAAACGGCGGAGAAUUUCCGGGCCCUCUGCACCGGAGAGAAGGGGUACGGCUACAAGGGAUCCCCAUUUCACCGCGUGAUCCCGAAUUUUAUGUGCCAGGGCGGUGAUUUCACCAAUCAAAACGGAACUGGAGGACGCUCCAUCUACGGCAACAAGUUUCCCGAUGAGAAUUUCGAGCUCAAGCACACGGGAGCCGGUGUACUUUCGAUGGCCAAUGCUGGGGCCAAUACCAAUGGAUCCCAGUUCUUCAUUUGCACCGGGAAAACCACCUGGCUGGAUAACAAGCAUGUCGUGUUCGGCAAGGUCGUUGAGGGUAUGGAAAUCGUCCAGAAGGUUGAAUCCUUCGGUUCACAAGAUGGAAAGACCAGCAAGAAGGUUAUCAUCGAAGACUGCGGUGCCCUCUGAUGGGAGCCAGUACAUUGAUGUACUGUCAAUACUCUAACAACACAUUUACAAUAACACUAAAGAUACAAUUGGCAAUAUAAAAGGGGGCAUAAAUAAAGGGAUCAUGCUGCGUAAU